AUGUCGACUAUUUCAUCCCCACGUCCGUCCAUUGCCUCCUCCCGAGCCCACUCCCCGGGUCCAACCUCCUCCCGCCCAUCACUCGAUGUCUUGAACACCAACGCCAGUGGGGGCCUCAGCGCCGCAUCUACCCCAUCCACUGCACGUGCUCUCUCCCCCUCACUCCAACCCCGACGCAAUCGCAGCGCCCUGCGAGACUACUACAACCUCAAACCGCCCGGCGCGGACGCAUCGGCUUCCCGAGAUGUAUCUCGCUCUCGGAGUGUGCCGCGGAACACAGAUGCAGGAGACAUCUCCGACCAAACUGCUCUGACGGCAGGAACGGAGCUCGACAGUCCAGACUUCGACCCGCAGCGGUACGUGGAGCAUCUCUUGUCAACAUCGUCGCUGGCUACGGUGCUCAAGGCAGAGAACACGUUGGUUGGGGAUAUCCGCACUCUCGACGGAGAGCGGAAGGCGCUGGUCUACGAUAACUACUCCAAGUUGAUUCGCGCCGUGGAGACUAUUGGUAAAAUGCGGCGUAGUAUGGAUGAACGCGGGGCGCCGUUAACUAUGACGAAGACGCUGGGUCCGGCCAUUGCUUUUGUUGCUGAGACCGCUGGUGGGCUCAUUAAGGAAGGCGAGGAGCAGCGACGGCAAAUGAAGGAAGCGAAGGCGGAAGACGAGGCUUCCAGUCGGAAGAAUGAGAAGGAUACUGUUCGGUGGGUGCUCGCUACACCGCAGAGAUUGGAAAAGCUUGUGGCGGAGGAUAAACAAGAGGAUGCCGAGAAGGACUGGAAAGAGAUCCAGCAUUUACUCGACGCUUGGGGUGAUGUCAAAGGGGUCGCUGAAAUUCGGGAAGAGUGUGAGAAAGUCAUGAACCGGGCAGGCCAUGAUGACUGA